CUUUGAGGUUUUUCUUUGUAUUAUAAUACACACACAAACAUAAUAGUGUGUCGUCUUCUCAUAUCAUCAUCAUCAUCAUUAUCAUCAUGCAUCAUCUUCUUCUUGGUUCUUUCUUUACCUCCGAUUUAUAGCUUUUUAACUAUUAUUCCUUCUUCUUCUUGGUUGCUUUAUCUUGAUCUCAGUUUAUUAACUUCGACGCAAAGAAGAAGAUCUAAGAUGUCGUCAUCAUCAUAUAACGCAAGCGUUGCUCCAUCAUCAUCCUCUGCUCAGCCGUUCUUCCUCACUGACUCAGGCCUCGGAGAUAACGAAUUUGACCGGAAAGAUACGUUUAUAUCAAUGAUACAAGAACCUAACUCCUCAGCUCCACCGCCCAAGAAACGAAGAAACCAACCCGGAAACCCAAUUCCUGAUGCGGAAGUGGUAGCGUUAUCUCCAAAGACACUAAUGGCUACAAACAGGUUCAUCUGCGAUGUAUGCAAGAACGGGUUUCAAAGAGAACAAAAUCUACAGCUUCACCGAAGAGGGCACAAUCUCCCAUGGAAGCUCAAACAGAAAUCAACCAAAGAAGUGAGGAGGAAAGUGUAUCUUUGUCCGGAACCCACGUGCGUCCACCAUGAUCCCGCACGUGCUCUCGGAGAUCUCACAGGAAUUAAGAAGCACUACUACCGCAAACACGGUGAAAAGAAGUGGAAAUGCGAGAAAUGUUCUAAGCGGUACGCUGUUCAAUCGGAUUGGAAAGCUCACUCUAAGACUUGUGGUACUAAAGAGUAUCGAUGUGACUGUGGUACCAUAUUUUCUAGACGCGAUAGUUACAUUACACACAGGGCUUUCUGUGAUGCAUUGAUACAAGACACUGCUAGAAACCCUACCGUGAGCUUCACGUCUAUGGCAGGUGCCAUUAGCGUCGCUGGCUCCGGUGGAUUUUACGGGAGACUCGACGGUGGCAAUGCUUUCUCUCACCACCAUUUGAUUGACCUUCCUAACUACGAAUUUUCGCUUAUGCCAGGUUACAAUCUAAACAUCGCAUUUCUGAAAAUAGCAGAGACUUUGCGCAGCAAGCGUCAAACCCUAACUUCUUGA